AUGAAGGGUUGGUCCUGCUUUACCAUGUCUAUAAGAGGAGAUGCUGGCCUUCAAAUGAGCAUUCCUCACUAAGUUGUUACACACAAUCUAAGGAAGACAUCUGGUAUUGCCUGAAGAUGGGCAGGCAGAAGCUCAUGCUGGAUAAACUUGCACAGACUUUCCAGAUCCGCAACAAGCUACUGCGGCAGGGAUUGGCUGAAUGCUUGGGAACUCUCAUUCUGGUGAUGUUUGGCUGUGGUGCGGUGGCUCAAUUGGUACUAAGUGAAGGAUCUCAUGGUCUCUUUCUCACUGUAAACCUUGCUUUUGGGUUUGCAGCUACCCUUGGAAUCUUAGUUUGUGGCCAGGUGUCAGGGGGCCAUUUAAAUCCUGCAGUUACAUUUGCUCUGUGCAUCUUGGGAAGAGAACAAUGGAGAAAGUUCCCUGUGUACUUUUUCUUCCAGACACUUGGAUCCUUCUUGGGUGCUGCAAUUAUCUUCGCUGAAUACCAUGAUGCAAUGUAUGACUUUGCUGGAGAGACAAAUGAGUUGGUUGUAAUUGGAGACAAAGCUACUGCUGGGAUUUUUGCUACUUACCCCAGCAAGCAUCUCACUAUCUUAAAUGGAUUUUUUGACCAGGUGAUAGGCACAGCGUCUUUGAUUGUCUGCAUCCUGGCCAUUGUGGACCCAUUUAACAACCCGAUCCCCCAAGGUCUUGAGGCCUUCACUGUGGGAUUUAGUGUACUGGUCAUUGGCCUCUCCAUGGGUUUCAAUUCUGGUUAUGCUGUCAACCCAGCAAGAGAUUUUGGACCUCGCCUUUUCACAGCCAUUGCAGGCUGGGGCGGGGAAGUCUUCACUGCCAGGGAAUGUUGGUUUUUGGUGCCCAUCUUCGCCCCCUUUCUUGGAUCCAUAAUUGGUGUGAUUGUGUACCAGCUGAUGGUUGGUUGGCACACAGAGGGAGAGGCAAAUGACAAGAAGAAUAAAGAUAUGGAAGAGUCUCUCAAGCUGAAUGAUGUCAGCAGCAAGAACAGACCUGUGUGAAUCACUCAAGCUCCAUCAAAACGUCUCAACCACAGAAGCAUUCUGCUUAUGAGACUCUGUGUUUAUUAUAUACUGUUUCAUCCAGCAGAAGACUUCCCUCCUAUCAAAAUGUCUAGAUUUCAAACCUUUCUCAGUUAUUUUAUCAGACAAUUUUUUUUGUUAUAGAAUUUUUCUUGGUACAUACAUACUCCAUAUUUCUCUUAAAUGGAAACAGGUCUUUCUUUAGCAACACGAAUUAUAUUAAUUCACUUUUGAGAAGUUAGCAAAACCAUAGUGUAGUAUAUAUGGAUUUUUACGGAAUUUUAUGCUUUUUUUUACUACUAUUAUGCAAGUAAGUUGAUGUUUGUGUUGAGAACAUUUAGCAGUCUUACCAAAAAAAAAAUUAUUACUAGAAUACUUUUUGUGUAAAUAUUUUGUAUAUCUUUUUAAAGCAGAUUUCCCCCCUCUCUUUUACCACUUAACAUGUAGACAUUUCAAGCAACAUGUUACCAUAGAGAGUGGUAACUUUGAUGCCUUUUCCUGACAUUUUAUGACAGUACAAUUUUGAGAUUAGAAUCAUGUCAUCCUCUCAUGACCAUUUUAAUUGUGUACCUGUGAUCUGUAUGUUUUGAGGAAAAGAUUUAUAUUCAAAUAAAGUUUUUGUAAGAAUU